AAUCAGUUGACUAAGCAAUUAAUGUGCAUUUAUAUACCUAAGUAGUUUACUGAGCAAGACAACAUUUUUUGGUAUUCGAAGUAUGCAUGCAAAUUAUGAGUAACUAAGUUAUCAUAGACAUAUAAGACAUUUGUCAUCAUGCAGCUAAGGUCCAUUAAAAGAGUAAAUUUUUGAUAAAUAGUUUGAACGAUCCAGGCAAUAUAUCAACCAUCAUACAUGAAAGUUAUAAUAACGUAAAAUCAAGUAACAUACUGCAAAAUUUUGGCAAGAGAUGAAAGUAGUUAUAAUCAUAGCAGUAGUGCUGUUGAUUGCACAAGCAGCAAUCACAGAAGCAAAUAACAGUAAUAGUAUCCUACAGCAAAAACCAUCUAUAGCAGAUGAUGAGAAGAGAAGCAGAAUCCGUAGUACAAGUAGGAGAAGAAGAAGAAGAUCAAGACUAAGAGGAAGGAUAAGAAGUAGAGGAACAAGUCGAGGUGGUAGACUGAGAAGAGGCCGCAAUUGUGACCCUUUAUACGGUUACUUGUUUGAUAUGUGUGGGAGAUGGCCUUUUCCUACUUCCCCUUCCCCUGAUAAUCCUUUUCUCCAUACACCAUCAUCACCACCACCAUUUUCACCUUCUCCCCAACCGCCUCCAACUGUGCUUCCUCCACCGCCAUUUCUCUUACCACCAUCACUACCGCCUCCUGCCCCACUUAUCUUCCCUCCUCCACCAGCACCAUUACUGUUGCCACCACCACCAGUAAUUCUACCUGCACCACCUGUAAUAGUACCUCCACCACCAGUAUUACCUCCCGCACCUGUAGUACUGCCUCCCGCACCUGUAGUACUGCCUCCCGCACCUGUAGUAUUACCUCCAGCACCUGUAGUAAUACCUCCUGCACCUGUAAUACUUCCUCAACCACCUGUGAUACCACUGCCACCUUUAUAUUCCCCACCACCACCUCCACUUGUUCCUUCACCACCACCUCCAUCAUUCUUUUUUCCACCACCAGUGUUUGGCUUCACUCCGCCUCCUCCAUUGGUCUCGAUUCAGCCACCAGAGUUUGGCUUCACUCCGCCUCCUCCAUUGAUCUCGAUUCUUCCACCGGAGUUUGGAAUUCCACCUUUCUUCACACCACCUACAACACCAUCAGCGCUCCCCUUUCCACCACCGAUAGUUGAAUCCCCACCAAUGACACCGCCUAUAUUAUUUCCUCCACCAUUCUUGCCACCAUCUCCACCACCAGUGUUUCAGCUUCCACCCUCACCACCGUCAUCAGUUCCAUCUUCGCCGAUAGGGUUUGCAUUUCCUCCAUGGAUACCACUACAAACUCCACCACCACCAUCUCUUGGAGAUAUAUACCAGCCAUCACCAAUACCAUGGCUUCCAUGGUCGCCAUUACCAUGGCCAGCACCUUCUGUUGGAGAAAUCAACCAGCCACCAAUACCAUUGCCAUGGGAAGCUCCUCCUGCUAACAAUGGUAAUGGCAAUAUUGAUCAGCCACCAACAUGGCCAUGGCUAACACCUCCGGAUGAUGGUAGUAGUAAUCGUGGUGGUUUCGGUAUGACGCCGCCAUUUGUUGAUCCAUGGCUAUCUCCUCCAGCAUCACAAUAUGGGGAUUAUCCGCCAAUUUGGAUGGCUCCUAGCGAGCCAGACCAGUUUUUCUCACCACCUCUUGUACCAGUACCUACUUAA